AUGGCGAGUGACACAGAUAAUGGCAGCCACAUCCUCUCAGAGGACGAUGUUGUGUUGCUCUUCGCCUGCCUUUACAAAGAGAUGAGGAGAGAUACCUGUAACAGUCCACUGGUCUCCAUAUUACCACAAUCAUCCUUCCAGAGCUCUUCACAAUCCUCCAUCAGUUAUUCUGCUCACAAUGCCAAGCUCAACAGGAGAGAUGGAGCAGGAGGCUGGUCUCCCAUGGUGACAGACCAGGAGCCCUGGCUCCAGGUGGACCUAAGGGACCGGAAGGAGGUGACAGCUGUGGCCACACAGGGGCGCUAUGAAAGCUCAGACUGGGUCAGCAAAUACUUGCUUCUCUACAGUGACACAGGCCAAGCGUGGAAACAGUACAGACAGGAGGAUGGUAUCUGGAGGUUUGUGGGGAACAUGAAUUCAGAAGCCGCCGUCCAGAACAAGUUGUCCCACUCGGUGAGAACCCGUUUCCUGCGUUUCGUCCCUCUGGACUGGAACCCCAGCGGCUGGGUGGGCCUCAGAGUGGAGGCGUACGGCUGCUCCUACAAAUCAGAUGUGGCGGACUUCGAUGGCAGAAGCUCUUUGCUGUACCGGUUCAACCAGAAGUCCAUGUCGACCGUAAAGGAUGUGAUCUCUCUGCGCUUCAAGAGCCACCAGGCUGAGGGGGUUUUACUGCACGGGGAGGGACAGAGGGGGGAUUACAUCACUCUGGAGCUUCACCGAGGAAAACUGGCCCUUUACCUCAACCUGGACGACACAAGGCUGAGGUUCAGCAGCAGUCGCGUUGCCGUCACAGUUGGCAGUCUGCUGGACGACCAGCACUGGCACUCUGUUGUCAUCGAGCGCUUCAACAAGCAGGUGAACCUCACAGUGGACUCCCACACGCAACACUUCCAGACCAAAGGGGAAGGAGACUCGCUGGAGGUCGACUAUGAGCUGAGCUUUGGAGGCAUCCCCCUGCCUGGAAAACCCGGUACGUUCCUCAGGAAGAACUUCCACGGCUGCAUCGAAAACCUCUAUUACAACGGCAUCAACAUCAUUGACCUGGCAAAGAGACGCAAGCCACAGAUUUACAGCGUGGGCAACGUGACCUUCUCGUGCUCGCAGCGCCAGCUGGUUGCCUGCACCUUCCUGAGCUCCAGCAGCAGCUUCCUGAAGCUCCCGGCUGCUGCACCAUCCUCCAUCAUGGCCGGUUUCUCCGUUCAGUUCCAGUUCAGGACGUGGAACCAGGACGGACUGCUGCUCUCUGUGCAGCUGAGCCCAGAGCCCUGGAGACUGGAGCUGCAGAUCAGCAACAGCCGGCUCCUUCUGACCCUCCACAGCUCGGGACAGCAGAGAUCAGAGGCCUGGGCUGGUUACAGAGUCAAUGAUGGGCUGUGGCACUCCGUAAGCGUGGACACCAGAAGUCUACAGAUCACUCUGACUCUGGACAAUGAGCCUGCGUCCACCAUCGAAAAGUGGGAACAACUGGAAGCGAGAGGCAGCUUCUACCUUGGAGGCUGUCCCACAGCGGCCUGUCAGAACCCAACUUUGGCCUUCCAGGGCUGCAUGCGCCUAAUAUCCAUCAACAGCCAGCCAGUCAACCUCAGCCAUGUCCAGCAACGAUUGCUCGGAAAUUACAAUGAGCUUCAGUUUGACACCUGCAACAUAAGAGACAGGUGUCUUCCUAAGCUUUGUGAACAUGGAGGUCGAUGUUGGCAGUCCUGGAGCUCCUUCUUCUGCGACUGUUCGGGGACCGGCUACUCUGGAGCUACCUGUCACCACUCCAUUUACGAGUCGUCCUGCACGGCCUACAAGCUGAUUGGCAGCUCCUCUGGAUUUUAUUCCAUUGAUCCAGACGGGAGUGGCCCCUUGGGGCCCGCAGAGGUCUACUGCAACAUGACAGAGGAGAGGGUGUGGACCGUGCUGACCCACAACAUCACAGCUCCGGUCCGAGUCCAGGGCUCGUCUCUGCAGAAACCUCACGUCAUGAAGUUAAACUACAGCACCUCGGCCGAACAAAUACGCGCCAUCAUAACGGGGUCGGAGCAGUGCCAACAGGAAGUGGUUUACAACUGCAGGAAGUCCCGCCUUUUCAGCACCAAAGACGGCCGCCCUCUGUCCUGGUGGCUGGAUCAGAGAGGAGAGAGGCGGAGCUACUGGGGGGGCUUCCUGCCUGGAGUACAGCAGUGCUCCUGCAGCCUGGAGGAGAACUGCAUCGACAUGAACUACUUCUGCAACUGCGAUGCCGACAGAGACUCGUGGGCUAAUGACACAGGAGUCCUCUCCUACAAAGACCAUCUGCCAGUGAGCCACGUGGUGAUCGGAGACACCAACAGAUCGGGCUCGGAAGCCACCUACCGAAUCGGCCCUCUUCGUUGUUAUGGAGACAAGUCCAUGUGGAACGCUGCAUCCUUCUACCAGGAGUCCUCCUCCCUCCUCUUCCCCACCCUGCAAGCCGAGCUCGCCUCUGACAUUUCCUUCUACUUCAAGACCAGCAUUCCUUCAGGAGUGUUCCUGGAGAACCUGGGUCACAAAGGCUUCAUCCGAGUGGAGCUCAGCUCUCCCUCAGUGGUGACCUUCUCCUUUGACGUGGGAAAUGGUCCAGCAGUCCUGGCUGUGAAGUCCCACCUCCCUCUGAAUGACAGGCAGUGGCACUACGUGAGGGUGGAGCGUAACGUGAAGGAGGCGUCGCUGCAGGUCGACCAGCUUCCUCUCCGCUUCCUGGAGGCUCCAGCGGAUGGACACCGCCACGUACAGCUCAACAACCACCUGUUCGUAGGGGCAACGGCAUCCCAGCAGAGGGGCUUCCUGGGCUGCAUCAGGAGUCUGACUGUCAACGGUGUGGUCUAUGACCUGGAGGAGAAGGCUAAGACGGCGCCAGGGGUGAGCUCUGGGUGCCCAGGUUACUGCAGCAGCUCCAGCAGCCUCUGCCACAACAGAGGAAGGUGUAUCGAGAAGAGCAGCGGCUACACCUGCGACUGCUCGCAGUCAGCCUACGGAGGACCCGCCUGCAAAGACGAGGUUUCGGUGUCCUUCGACAGGGAGUCCUCGGUCACCUUUACCUUCCAGGAGCCUUUCUCAGUGAUGCAGAACAGAAGCUCCCAGGCCUCCAGUGUUUCCAGAGAGAGCGGCAGCAGGGCCAGAGAGGACGUGGCCUUUAGCUUCAUCACCUCCCAGACCCCGGCCAUGCUGCUGACCGUCAGCGCCUUCAGCCAGCAGUACAUCGCCGUCAUCCUGGCUCACAACGGAAGUCUGCAGAUCUGGUAUCACCUGCAGACACACAGGAAGCCAGACAUGUUCUGUCCCAUCCUCAGCAACCUGGCAGACGGACGACUCCACCAAAUCAGAAUCCAUCGUGAGGGCAAAGACCUUUACAUACAGAUCGACCAGGAUAUCCACAGGAAGUACACCAUGUCAUCUGAUGCAGAGCUGAUCUUAAUCAGAUCCCUGACACUGGGCAAAGUCAUCAGAAGAGACAGCUUCCAUGAAGAGGUCAUUCAGGCAGGUUCGAAGGGUUUCAUUGGCUGCCUGUCCUCGGUCCAAUUUAAUCACGUGGCUCCUCUGAAAGCGGCGCUGCUGAAUCGAGGGAGCUCUCUGGUCACUGUCCGGGGUCCACUGGUCCAGUCCAACUGUGGAGCACUGGCAGACUCUAUCACAUCCCACAAUCUGCGAGAUCAAGCUGCAACAACAAAUAAAGAUAAGGAGCAGCGUGGUGGGGAGGCCAGCACCGGCGUGGCUGUCAUCGCAGGUGUGGUGACAGCAGUGGUGUUCAUCACGGCUUGCAUCCUGGCCGUGGUGAGCCGCCUCCUGUACAGGCAGUGGGCCCAGAGGAGCAGCAGCGGCGGCGGCGGCGGCGGCAUCAAGGAGAAGGAACAGGGCCACGGCGUGGACACGGACGCCAGGACAGAGAUCCACCUCCACAACUCCCUCAGGGACAACGCGAAGGAGUACUACAUCUGA